AUGUGCAGGGGAAGGGCCUGCUCUGAGAGGAAAGGUCUUCGAUGGCAGCUCCUCCAGCUGUGCCUACUUGUCGCUGAGCUGGAGCUGGGCGCGGCCCAGCAGUGCAAAACGUUCACCGCCACUGUGCCAGGGGGAACCGUCGUGACGAUUGAUUGCGAGUGGUCCGUUGUGACAAUCACAUGCUACCAGUCGCAGGCAAUCCCAGACUGUCACCGCGAGGAGAUGUUCAAGACUACUUCGACGUCGUCUACCUCCACGUCGUCUAGAACCGACUCGAGAACAACCACCCAGACUUCCACCAGCAUCAGCUCCACAAAGUCAAGCUCAACUUCCACACUGUCCACUGCCACAUCAACGACUUCAUUGGUGACAAGCACCACCUCAACAAGUGUAAGUUCAAGCAUUUCAUCGACGUCCACCGUGUCCCAUACCACCACAGGCACACCAAGCAGCACCAGUUGCACCAGCAGUUCCACCGCAAGUACGUCACGAGGCCCCAACACCGUGACCACUUCUAGCAGUCGAAACUGGGCAGGAACGGCAGGGACAUCCACAGGGCCGUCCGCAGCAACAUCCACGGGGACCUCCACGGGGACCUCCACCGGGACAGCCACAAGGACAUCCACCGAGGUGGCCACUGCAAUUCCCAGCACUCCAGUGUGGACGACAACGGCCGCAACGAGGAGGACCACCGCAAGGACGACGACCAGGACGACCACGUCCACGUCCACGACGUCCACGGCGUCCGGUGGCAACAUGGUCACCCACCUUGGAUACCUGGCCCUGUCGGCAUUUGGGGUGUCCCAGCUGCAGGCGGAGCUUGCCGUCGCUGCGGUGCUCCGGGAUUACCUGCAGCUGGACGCUGACAGCGUGGCUGCAAGGGCCCGACGGUGGCAGCGGCCCCUCGCCGACAACGUUGAGGAGAUGUGGAACGUCUCAUUUUCCAUGGCAGUCCCCCCUGCCCGAGAAGAAGAACUUCUCGGCUUGCUGAGGGACUUGCUUGCGAGUGUCGAGGCCAAUGUCGCCUCUUUCUCCAAUGCUCUGAGAGAUCAACUCCGGCUCGUGGGUGCAGGUCCGUCCGGGCAGCUGAGCAUCCUUUUGUGGGUGGAGGGCUUAAGUUCUCAAGAACCGGACCCAAACAAUUCCGCAUUCAUCACGAUCGUAAGUCUGGUGAGCGGCUUGGCGCUGGCUGCACUGGUGAUGUUGGCCUCUUACGUCCUUUGGCGGCGCUGGGCCAUCUGGGAAAUGUGGGCGCCCUCUCGGUUUCAUCAGCUGCCGAAGGCCCUGUCGCAGAAGGCUCCGAUAGCGCGUGAUUUAUGGCAGCUUGAAGCCGAGCGGUGGGACAUGGCAGAGCGUGUGAUUCGGGCUUCGCAGUUCCCCUUGGCAUCGAAGUGGACGGGUGUGUGGCAGUGGGAGGGCGAUGAGGGCAAGAAAGAGGCGCGGUUCUACACCCUCAGCUUUAGCGUUGGAGGUCAGUUCUCGGGCUUCGGCAAGGGUGCCCAUGGCGACUUCACUGUCAGCGGUGGUGCGCUUGAUGCGGUGAAGGGAAUGGUAAAGUGGCGGGAGAAGGAUCUGAAGGAUCUUCACUGCAUGGAGUGCGCUGGUCAAUGGGACCUCCGUGGUCCUUUGUCUUCGCAUUCGCCGCAUUCGCCCACCCGAAUCGAGGGCAUCUUCUCGGCUUACGACAUCACAGCAGUGCCAAAGCGUGUAGGACAGGGCUGUUUCACCCUCACUGCUGACGCCGCAGGUGUUCCAGCUGUGAAGGGCCAGGCCACCAAGCCGCCCAAGCCUGUCUCAGAUCUAGUUUAA